AUGAAAAAGGCAGGAAAAUUCGAUCAGUCAAGACUUGGUUCCAUUCCAUUACUUUCAACAAUCCAUAUACAUCGACCGAUCAUUGACAACAGCAAACCAUUUCAGAUUAUGCUCUUCCUAGGAAGAUGCAAUCAACUUCUUCAAGUUCCACUUCUUCAACAGCUAACAGUAGCAGCCACCAUUGGUUUCCGGUUCUAUUCUUCAGAUUUGGAGUUUGAAAUCAAGAGAAUUACUAAAAUCAUCAACGACCAUCCUUUUCCCGAUCAACCCAUUCAUCCAAAACUUUCCCAAAUUAUCCCUUCAACCACCAUUUCAACUUCCUUUGUGGAAAAUGUUCUUGGCCAUCUCUUUGCAUCCCACUCUAAUGGCCUUAAAGCCUUUGAAUUCUUCAAAUUCUCCCUCCAGUUUUCCCAAUUCUGUCCCACUUCAGAUGCAUUUGAAAAAACACUUCAUAUAUUAACUCGAAUGAGAAAUUUCAACAAGGCGUGGGAGUUGAUAGAAGAAAUUCACAAAACACACCCUUCCUUGCUUACCCUCAAAUCCAUGAGCAUCAUGUUAUCAAAGAAUCGCAAAGUUUCAAUCUUUUGA